AUUUCUCGCAACCCUUGCCCCUGUCUUCCCUGUUGUGACCGGGAUGUCCCUCCGCAUAAUUAUUUUUGUGCACUGGCCCGCCCUCUGAUGUCAGCCGCAGUAUUGGCACGAAAGUGUAUCAAGGCAGAACCAAACAACAAAGAAUCAAAACACCUGCCUGCAUGACCGUCCAGAUUGUAUAUCUCGUCCAAAUUGAAUAGCAAUCGUCUCUGUCCAACCUUCUCCCAAUGUCAGUGCCGUCAUGUCCGAGCCUUCUCCCCAGCUCAAGGGAUUAAAGAAGGUCCUAUCCAACCGUCGCCGUUCCUCAGACAUUCCAACCGAUGAAAACAUCAGAGAUUUGCGCACGGAUUCCAUCGACUCCUUAACGAUCGAAAAGUCCCCUACUAGGCAUAGUACCCGUUCGGUCAGUCAGGAUGGAAGCAGUAAAUCCGGCAGUAGUGGUAUGCGAAAGCUGCUGCCUGGCCACAGCAAGCGCAAGAGAAGGAAAGUCCACGAAGAGGAGGUGAAGGCUGUUACAGAAGAACUUGCGAGAGGGAGAUCCACCGGUUCGCUUGGUCUUCAGACCCCUUCGGACCCGUCGAUUCGAAGGUCUAGCAGUGGGCUAGCUGCCGAAGGCGACACAAGCCUCUUGACAGAUGACUCUGAGGUUGAAACACCUCCACUGUUUUCGAGAGAAUCGCAUUCGGGCUACCUGACCAUGUCCUCGCCACUGGUGUCUGCGACGACGACUCGCAGCGAAGAACAGCCUCCUCCUCUUCUAGACAAGAUCCCAACCCUCGUUGAGCCUGAUCAGGCUGAGCGAUCAGGAUCUCCCAAGAGCCCAAACCCAGAGAAUACCCCAACCUCUCCCACUAUCGGGCUGGUCGAUAGAGCAGACACGCUCCGUCCAGAGUCGAGGAGAAAUAGCAUCAGCAAGUUGCGGGGCAAGUCUCCUGGGAGAAGGUUCAGAGACGUGUUUGGCAAGUCAGGCAAGAGUCCCAAAGUCAGUCCUGAGCGGACCUUGACAGAGUCAUCGGCUACAUUCACUCCAUACACCAGCUCGCCGAACAUCCUGAACCAUGUUACAGAAGAGGGAGGCGAAGUCACAAAGUCUCCUGACGAAGUUAUCAAGCCCAUUCAAGAUCGUUCAAUGAACCACUCCAUGCCGAAUCUCGACACCAAUGUCAGGCCUCUAACACCUCCCACUGGGCUCAUAAGUACACCAGUGACCACCGUCACACCUCCGACUCCUACACAACUGCAAACGGAAUUCGGAGGGAUCACGGCGUCUCCGGCGUCCACUACUGGUGAAGCAGACAAGCAAGAAGCCUCGCGAAUUGUGGUAAGCCAUUCGGGAAACAUGAUCUCACACAGAAGGAUAAGAUCAACAUCCUCGAUUACUCACCAGCCGAGCAAGCUGUCCAGCUCAAUGACCGCUCCACUGACGCCCACCGACGAAAACAAAGCCUCGAACGGGAUGCGCACACCCAGCGGCAGUCUGUUCUCAUCCUGGAUGUCUGCAGCACAGAAUGCUGCAAGUACGAUUAGCAACCUUGCUGGCCAAACGCGCGCCAGAUCGGGAACGGAUGCAUCUGGGUCGUCGAUUAAGCAGAAGCCCAUCGAAGAACCUAUCCAGGAAGAAGAUGAGACCGCUGUGCCCGAAUCACCGCGAAAGCAAUUAGCAGUGGAGACAAUGGGAUCUGGAGAUUUGAACUUCGAACAUUUAGGUCUAGGUGUCAGUGAGCGAGUAGGGUCCAGUCGACAAGAUCUCGCAGAAUUGAGGAAGGACUCUGCCCUGGAACGAGACGAGGCCGUCGCUAAAGAAGAAGACCUUCUGGCCAAACGUGCCGUAUCGGCUGCAUAUGAGAAGCCUUCAGACUCGACGACACCAAUGGCCGAGAUAGCUGACCCUAUUGAUGGUUUACGCCAUCAUCAGACCUUUUCAAACCAAAUUGGCGGUGAAAGGACCCCUCCCAACGGCAGUAUCUUCGAAGGGGAGCCAGGCAAUUCGAUGAAAAGGACAAACAGCGUUCGCAGUAAACUUGCGAAACGACGUUCUCGCGGCUCAUCAACAGCGACUGGUCAGUCCGCAAUCGGUGCUAUGAUAGGGGCGAGCACUGCGGCAUUGGCCAAUCCUGCAAAAACACCUCGUCUCACAGGUUUCACUAUCGCCCCGAAGCAGCGCAACCGUAACUUCCAUCAACAAUUCAGGAGCGUCCCAGAAGAUGAUUAUCUCAUUGAAGACUACAGUUGUGCGCUGCAGAAAGAAAUCCUAGUGGCAGGCAGGAUAUACAUUUCGGAGGGUCAUAUCUGUUUCUCAAGCAACAUUUUAGGCUGGGUCACUACGCUCGUAAUAUCUUUCGAAGAGGUGGUCAGCAUAGAACGCGAGAGUACAGCGAUGGUAUUCCCCAAUGCCAUCGCCAUCCAGACACUGCACGCCCGACACACAUUUCGGAGUUUACUAUAUCGAGAACAAACAUAUGACUUACUUAUUGGCAUCUGGCGAGUCAGUCAUCCGGCAAGCUUCCAGAAGAGCAUGAACGGCAGGCAGCUAGCGGCAGAAGAAGCAAGUCGUGAAGCAGUCUCUCCACCAGUGAAUGAUGUGGAUGCGCAGGCCAGCGACGAUAGUAGCAGUAAUGACUCAGGCUCCGACGCCACGGAUGACAGUGCACCCAGUGUUGUGGAGAGCAAUCCCAGCCAGGCUGCGAGCGAGGCCGCAGACGGUAAGACCGUGUCGAGGAAACCAUCAGGCAUGAACGCAGGCGCUGUUGCUCAGAGUGCUAGUAUACUUGCGGGAACAGCUAGCGAUGUUCCACAGCCUCUCGCCACCCAGGCCGGCCUGUCAGAAGCAGGCAAGGACUUCCCUGGCCCAGCCACACAUGCGCCGACAGAUUGUACAGACAGUGCCACACAUUACGAUAAGGUCCUGAAAGACGAGAUCAUUCCGGCGCCAUUGGGUAAGAUAUACUCUCUACUGUACGGUCCGGAAUCUGGUUUGUUCGUGCGGAAAUUCCUGGUCGAUGAGUGUAAAUGCAUGGAUCUUGUUCUCGAAGACGACAGAAAGGGCCUGAAUUGUGACAUCAAAAGCAGGCAGUAUACAUACAUCAAACCUCUAGGCGGGAGUAUAGGCCCGAAGCAGACCAAAUGCAACACGACCGAGAACCUAGAUUUUUUCGACCUCGAGAAAGCAGUUACAAUCACCUGCACAACUCAAACACCCGACGUGCCAUCUGGCAAUGCUUUCAGCGUGAAAACGCGCUAUUGUCUCACCUGGGCGCCGGGAAAUGCGACCAGGCUCCAGAUGAAUUGCACGAUCGAAUGGACCGCAAAAUCGUGGCUGAAAACACCAAUCGAAAAAGGUGCCAAUGACGGCCAGCAACAAUACGGCGACGCUCUGGUUAAGGUCCUGAGGAACGCAGUAAGUGGACGGCCACGAGGCACGACAAAUGCGAGCAAAGUCUCCAAGAAGGGUAAGAAGAGGAGAGAAGGCAAAAAGUCCAAAGACGAGGUCGUCGAGGAAGAAGAAAAGAAGAAAGUCGAAGCCAACUGGGGUCUGUUUGAGCCGCUCAGGGCGCCGUUGCAGCCUGUGUUGAGUGUGCUAGGCCCAGUCCUGAAGAUGGAGGUUCUGGUUGGCGUGCUUGCUGUCAUGGUCCUCUUAUUGUGGAUACGCGGACCCAGCAGAGGAGGAAUGCAAGUGAAUUCGUACCCUUAUGCAGGUAUGACGCAAAGCUCGAAAAUGGCCGGGUACGAGGCCCUGUGGGCGAAAGAGGAAAACGAAUUUUGGGACUGGCUCGAAGCGAGGGCCAGUGUCGAUACUGCGCUCCUCCGAGAACAGGCGACCCGGCACAGACAGAGCCCUGGUGGUGUAGGCGGCGACGCGAGAGAAGCUGCCGUGAAGGAGAAGAUGAAGAAAAGGUCGAAAAACCGCGCUGUGGCCAACGAUGUGGAAGCCAAGAUCAAGGAGGAAAAGAUCAGUCAGAGGGAGAUGGAGGAUGCCAUCAGGAUUACCAGGGAGAGGUUAGAAGUUCUUGAAGAUGUCGUGGAGAAGAAAAAAAUGUCUAGAACUGCCGAAAAGCAACGGCAGGGCGUUUGAACGCGAUCGGCGGGUUGUCGAGAGAAAGAAACGGUUGAUACCAGCACCGAUUAGGUCUGUCCCUCCCUUAAACGGUCGAGGGUGAUGAAGCAAAUCCCGAGCCUGGACUGGACUGGACUGAGCUGUUUUAUUUUUAUUUGUUCUUUUGUUUUUUUACUGAAGCAUGAUGUCCCGAGCAUUUUUGAACAGCGAUGGGGGAGGGGAGCUUUGGGUACGUUUGGGCUCUGUGAGCAGCCUACCUGUUUGUUUUCUUGGAACUACAGGCACAACCCAUUGUAUUUGCAACGGCGCCCACGAACGGCGCCUGAAAGAGUCUUUUUUUCGGGUUGUUCAAUUAAUUGUUCGUUGAAAGGAUAAAUACUUCUCAAGUCUCCUU